UGUUGGAAGCACAUCUAUUCUCUCUAUUUUUUAGAUUUACAUUUUUUUUAUUCGGAAAAAAGCAAAAUUUGUCUGGAACUGUCUGAAAAAUAAGAGAACUUUCGUAACCUGUCGCGAGGGACUGUCACUAUCAUUAAGCGAUGAAGUCUGUACGCUUGAUGCACGCCCUGUGCAGGCGUGUCCAGCACACAUUCCUGGCCAGACGCAGAGAUGUGGAACAGCGACGGCACUACGCCGAGAAAUGUGACUCGGUGAUCAAAGGCGUUGUGGUGGGCGUGUACGCCAAGGAGGGCGACCGCCAGCCCAAGAUGACACCAUCCGGCGAGAAGUUUGACGAUCGCGUCCAGGGUAAGAUCACUGAUCUAAUACGCGAGACGGGCCUGAGUGGCCAGCUGGGAAAAGGCCGUGUCUUUAUGAACGUGGAUGCGGAGUUCCGUGCGGUGGCCGUGGUCGGCGUGGGACAGGAGGGGGCCGGCUUCAACGACCUGGAGAUGAUCGACGAGGGAAUGGAGAACGCUCGCGUCGCUGCCGGCGUGGGGGCUCGUGCCCUUCAACUGCAGUGCUGCACAGAUGUCUUCGUGGAGUCGAUGGAGUAUGCGGAGCAGGCGGCCGAGGGGAGCGCCUUGGCCGUCUGGCGCUACAACACCAACAAGCGCCGUCGGGACCGCACACUCAUUUCCAAACUGGAGCUGUACGACUCUCCCGACUCGGAUGCCUGGAUGCGGGGCCUGUUCAAGGCCGAAUCGCAGAACCUGGCCCGUCGCCUGGCCGAUACGCCGGCCAAUCAGAUGACGCCCACAAUCUUUGCCCAGUCAACGGUGGAUGCCCUGUGCCCCUGCGGGGUAUCCGUGGAGGUACGCAGCAUGGACUGGAUCGAGUCCAAGAGCUUGAUCAGCUUCUUGAUGGUGGCCAAGGGCAGCUGCGAGCCGCCGAUCAUCUUGGAAAUCGCCUACUGCGGCACCGCACCCGAGGACAAGCCCAUCCUCCUGCUGGGCAAGGGCAUCACAUUCAACAGCGGGGGCCUCUGCCUCCGUCCCAAGGACUGCUUGUCCAUGUACCGCGGCUGCAUGUCCGGUGCAGCCGCCUGCGUGGGCUUCAUCCGAGCCGCCGCCGGCCUAUCGCUGCCCCUAAACAUAACGGCACUGCUGCCGCUGUGCGAGAUCAUGCCCUCCGGAAUGGCGGCCAAGCCUGGCGACGUGGUGUCCCUCCUCAAUGGAAAAACUCUCGGCUUCGUGGACGUCAGCAAGGCUGGUGUGAUGGCCAUGGCCGAUCCCUUGCUCUACGCCCAGACGAUCUACAAGCCGCGCAUGGUCGUGGACAAUUCGAACUUCGUCUACAAGCAGUUCGAGAAGGCCGGUGCCCUUACGGGGGAUCGCGUUUGGCGUCUGCCCCUGUGGCGCUACUUCAAGGAGCUGAUCAUGCCGAACGACACCUUUGACAGCAGCAACCGCGGACGUGGCCCCGCCUCCAGCUGCAUCGCUGCCGUCGUUCUGCACGAGCUGGUGCCGUGCGUCGACUGGGCCCACCUGGACAUCCGCAACGUGGGCAUGCUGACGCGCUACAAUCCGCUCCCAUAUUUGCUGAAGGACCGCAUGACUGGCCGUCCCACUCGCACCAUCGUUCAGUUUCUGUUUCAGAUGGCUUGCCCCGACGGCAAGUAAUCCGAUUAUGUUCGUUACACAAUUCCUUUGUUAAUGUUCCGCGUUCCAAAUUUGUUGUUAAUUGAAGUACCCCCACCACCACCCCCCAACAUUUUCACGCAAAUUGCCAAGAGGUGCACACCCCAAGAGGUUACACGAACACAUUUUUAUUAUUGUUCAAUUUUAAUCCAGAGUUUACAAUUGAGCUUCCAUGCUGAUUGAAGGAUGAAAAGAACCACAUAAAAUAUGCAAAAA